ACGUUGUCCGGUGUGGUAUGCGUCGAUUGCGGUCAUGUGCAUGAGGUAAAAUUUGCUUCACAGAGAAUUUAUUCAAGUUUCGAGAUUAACUGGACCUAUUUAUUCUACGUCAUGUUGUCUAUAGUUAUUCGACUUCUCAAGUAGUUGUUUUGAAAAUUUUGAAUUUGUUUCAAUUUGGAAGAACCGGUGGUCGACACGAGCAACAUUUUCAUAAUGCGUUGAAGAGUUUGGCACCUAACUCGAAAUGAACUAAGUUGCUGGAGAAAAAUUCUUCAAUCGUUGAAUUGCUGGUGCUAUUCGUUCGAAAAACAAUGUUUCUGGUGUUGCUGACCAGCGCGUCGAUAUUGUGGACUGUUGCGUCCGUGGCUGCAGCAACACUGCUUGUGGCAUCUCAUCUCUCGCCCCAGUGGCUACUGGGACACCCUGUAACGCUGCAACACAACCUCCCCGCCUACGAUUACACCUUCAAUAUUACAGCCUGGAGCGGCACAGUGGACGUCAGUCCCUCGCUGGGCCUGUGGCUGCGGUGCUCGAUCUUGCCCGGCAAGAAGGGCGUCGCGGGGUCCCAACACUGCGGCGUCUACGCAACGACUGGGGCUGAUCUCCCCGCUGCUCAGGUUGUUGCGAUGGCAUCGUUGGUGACGGGGGCAGGCAUCGCGGUGUUGGCGAUGCUGCUGGUGCUGCUCACUCCCUGCAUGAGAGUCGUCAGACGAAAAAGCGUCUUUAACAUCGCUGGCUCUCUGCAGGCUCUCGCUGGCGUGUUCAGCGUGCUGGGCCUAGCGGUGCUACCACUAUCUUGGAGCAGCGUGAGGGUGCAGCUCAUGUGUGGUCCUCUCGCCAGCGUGUACGCCUUGGGUGCAUGUCGCACAGGUUGGGCUUUGUACGCAGCACUCGGCGGGACGUUGCUUCUCCUGGCCUGUGCAGUGGGCGCCGUCCACGUGGACGCCUCCGUGAGCUCCAACAGAGCUGAAGAAGAAAUUAGAAGAGGCAAUCAUUGCGUUUGUGUAACAUGAACACUAAUUCAAGUAUUCCCUAGUAGAUGUGUUAAACGGG